AAGACACCCACGAGGAAGGGUUUAUUUGCAUCUUAGACAAAACACAAAAAAGAAAAAGGGAGGUAGACAGGGUUUAGGGCUGUAAAACAAAGAAAGAAAGAAAUGGGAAGCGAGACGAAUGGGUUCAGAGCAAAGAUGGAGCACUAUCUGUACAGUGGCGAAAAGAAACACGUCUUGGCUGGUAUGGCCAUCAUCACCGCUGUCUUUGGCCUUCCUUGGUACCUAAUGAACCGAGGUACUAAACAACUGUCACAUCAAGACUACUUGGAGAAAGCUGAUAGAGCUCGUAACGCGCGACUUCAUUCCUCACCACCUGCACCAAAGUAAUCAUUUUGCAAGUCUUCAGUUCUCUACACCGGUCCUACUUUCCUUGAUAAAACGCGCUACAAGCCACUUGGGUUUAAAAGAUGUAUCUUUCUUGGUUUUUUGUUAUCUUUAACUGAAUGGCCACAACUUUUAGUUUUAUAUUUGUAUUUGGAGCUGGAAAGAAAGAAAUAAUCAGUAGCUCAAGUUAAACCCGCUGUUGGAUAUUUUUGUUAGACGCUGAUCAAUUGAUCAUUAUUAUCUGGCUUGUUACAAAUUAGUUGCA